GCCGCAAACAGUAAAAAGGAAAAAAGGAAAGCAGCCGGCCGCAGUCAACGCUCCCUGAAAUCCCGAAUUGAUCCUCCAUUUAUCUGCCCCCCUUGGGGUUCCAUGAUCCAUCAACCAUUAUCAUGGCCCAGAAGGUGCUCGCGGCCACGACGAGGCUGAGGCCUUCUUCUUCUUCCUCUUCCCCUAUUUAUACGGCUCUCGCGCGGCUCACCAAGCGCAACAGCAGCCACCGUCUUCUCUCCUCCUCCUCCAGAAACACAACAAGUAAAGCCAAGUCCAAACCUAUCCUCCUCUUGCUCAUCCUCUUCCUCCUGGUUGUUGCUGUCGUCGUGACCGUCUUGCUGUUCCCAGCGCUCGCCAUGUCGUCGUCGUCAGCGUCGUCUGCGGUUGCGGCCGGGCCGUUGGAGAAUCCCAGGGCGGUGGUGAAGAAGGUGCUGGCCGAGUCGCAGCCCGAGGGUCAGGGCGCCACCGUCCGGCGCAGCAUCGGCAGGCACGAGCUCCGGAACCUGGACCCUUUCCUCAUGCUCGACGAGUUCUCAGUCUCCAAGCCCGCCGGGUUCCCCGACCACCCCCACCGAGGAUUCGAGACCGUCACCUACAUGCUCGACGGAGCCUUCACCCACCAGGACUUCUCGGGCCACAAGGGCACCAUCAGGACAGGAGAUGUCCAGUGGAUGACGGCGGGCCGCGGCAUCGUGCACUCGGAGAUGCCGGCGUCCGACGGAGUGCAGAAGGGCCUGCAGCUCUGGAUCAACCUCUCCUCCAAGGACAAGAUGAUCGAGCCGCGGUACCAGGAGCUGCAGAGCAAGGACAUAAGCCGUGCCGAGAAGGACGGCGUCGAGGUGAGGAUCAUCGCCGGCGAGGCCUUCGGGGUGCGGUCGCCCGUGUACACCCGGACGCCGACCAUGUACAUGGACUUCACAAUGCAACCAGGGUCCCAGCUCCACCAGCCGAUCCCGGAGGGGUGGAACGCCUUCGUAUACAUCAUCGAGGGCGAGGGCGUGUUCGGCAGCGAGAAGGCGGCCCCCGCGAGCGCGCACCAUUGCCUCGUGCUCGGCGCCUCCGGCGACGGCCUGAGCGUGUGGAACAAGUCCGGCGCGCCACUGCGGUUCGCGCUGGCGGCUGGGCAGCCGCUGAAGGAGCCCGUGGUGCAGCAGGGCCCCUUCGUGAUGAACACCCGUGCCGAGAUCCAGCAGGCCAUGGAAGACUAUUACUAUGGCAAGAAUGGCUUCGAGAAGGCUAGCCAGUGGAGCUCCUCCACCUGAUCAUCUCGCCGGCGAUGAUGCAAAUAUUACCAUUGCAAUAAGAUACAUUGUACUGCCAUUUUAUUGAUACUUUAGUUGUUUUUCUUCUCUUUCAUUUUUUGGCUUGCUUAUGGUUAAGAUUUGGGGUACAAGAAAUGUCUGUAAUAAGGAGGAAUUCAGUACUUAGGGCAAGGGGAUACGAGUAUAAUGGGUUCAUUACUUUGGCACAGGAGCAAUUUCUGAGGUUUAAUUA